AUGGCAAGCCGGGUACUAAGAUUUGAAAAUGUAUUUUUGAAAGUGCCUAAUAAGAAUAAAAACCUCAACCAGAAGUAUGUGGAUCUUAUUUCCGGAAUUUCUGGCGAAAUAGUUUCUGGAAGGCUGACUGCUGUAAUGGGAGGGAGUGGAAGUAGUAAAACUUCCUUCCUUAAUCUCCUAAUGGGCAACGUAGACAGCGAUGCGUUGACGUCUGGGAUAGUUACUUUCGAUGGGAAGCAAAGGAAGGUAUACAAAUGGCUUGAAACAACUUCCUACCUAGAGCAAUUCGAUACCUUUACCUCGGGGCUCACAGUAGAAGAAUCUAUAAGAUACUCACUUAUCUUCAGAGGAAGAGAGAUAAAAGACUCCAACAUCCCAUCAAUAAUAGAUGAUAUAAUCAGGGAUCUAGGGCUGGAAAGAUUGAGAGGGACAUUGAUUUCGUCUAUUUCCGGAGGAGAAAGAAGAAGGGUCAUGCUUGCUGUAGAGCUUGUGAUAGACCCUGAUGUGAUAUUCCUUGACGAGCCAACAAGCGGAUUAGAUUCGCGCCUGGCUCUAGACACCGUCCGAAUACUAAAAAAGUAUGCAGAAACUAAAAACAAGAUCGUCUUGAUGACUGUGCAUCAGCCAGGAAAUUCGAUGUUUAAGUUGUUCGAUGACAUGAUAUUUCUAGAUAGAGGAAAGAUAGUCUAUGCAGGGCCCACUUCAGGGAUAGACGAUUUUCUUGCUUCUAUUGGGAUGCAAAGGCCAUUGAAUAUUUCCAUUGCAGAGUAUUUGUUUGAACUAGAAAUAAGAAACAUAAAGCCUCAAGACUUACGCUCACCGGAGAGCACAAAGAAAGCAAUGGAGUGGUAUGGCGAAGCUACUCUUGAAAAAAACACACAACGCUUCGCUAUCUCUUCAGUCUCAUGGAGGCAUGUCUGGCAUCUAUUCGUCAGGCAGCUGAAAAUAGAUUACAGAAAUAAGGUCAUGAGAAAUGUAUUUUUAUUCAAAAUGGGAAUGGCAACAUUGUUAUUCUUUUUUUUAUGUGACAAGGUGAAGUACUCCGUCUUUCAGUUCAUUAACAGAAUAUCGCCAGAGUACUCGACACCAGGUGAAAAAUAUCUUUAUGACCUGCAAAUCUUUCUGGAAAAAAAUUAUGGAGACCUGCAAAUAUUGUACAACGACGUCUUGGACUUCUUUGCCUAUAGCAUGCUGCCAUUUGUCACAUGCUUUUCUAUAUUUAAUGACUCGACCUUCCUGGAUAACAGUACACUUCUUCGAAAAGAAUCAUUCAGGUGUGACUAUAGCCAAAUAUCUCUUUUGAUUUCAACGUUGGUAUAUGAGUGUGUAUUCUCGAUAAUAAGAUCAUCCUAUUUCUGCCUUCUCCUAGGUAUAACUCAGCUUAGGGAUGUGUUGACUGCAAGAGCAGUUCUGAUGUUUCUUAUCACACCUCUAGGAAUGGUUGUUUUCAUGACAAUGGUAAAGGCUUUUUCAAAAGACAACUAUACAUUGAACAUAGCCAGAGUAGCAGCAUUCAUACUUACAACAUUCUUAAGGCCUCUUUGGUUGAGUAUGGAGCUAGAAGAUCUAAGAGAUAGAUAUUGGUUUAUGAAAUACUUAUAUCCAACAUCAUAUGCUCUGUUUCUUUGCCCAUUUCUACUUUUAGACGCACUUUUCUAUGUUACUCUUGGUGGAAGAAGCUCUAUAUCGCCUGGAUUUAUUUCUUUUCUGAGCCAGAUCAACGGAUUCCAAGUAAAUCAAGAGGAUAUCCCUCUAAAGGAUUCCCUCAACUAUACAAUCACAUUUCUAAAUAGAUGCUACCUCUCUGACGGAUUCUUGAUGGUUUUGACGGUAUUCUCGUUUCUUACUACACUCAUCUUGUCUGCAUUAUUUCUCGUUUUUAAGUUUAGCCCAAACGUGAGGUUGACAGUCAGCACUAAGAGUCUGGACGUGAAGUUAGAUGAAAUAAUAGUCGAUUAA